AUGUCCGUCACGCUGCACACCACAAAGGGCGAUAUAAAACUCGAAAUAUUCUGCGAGGCUGUCCCCCAAACCGCCGAGAACUUCCUCGCUCUCUGCGCAUCCGGCUUCUACAACUCCUCACCCUUCCACCGUCUGAUCCCAUCGUUUAUGGUCCAAACCGGCUCGCCCGCCUCCGAUCCAAAGUCCAAGACUUCCACCUCCAUCUAUGAUACGCCAAACCAACUGUUUGAGGAUGAGAUUCGGCCCGCGUUGAGACAUAACGCGAGAGGAAUCGUGAGCAUGGCGAACAAGGGAGCCAAUUCCAACGGAUCACAAUUCUUCAUAACGUUUGCCCCGGCACCGCAUUUGGAUGGGAAGAACACCGUCUUUGGCAAAGUACUAGAAGGGUGGGAAGUACUGGAUGACAUGGAGAGCGUUCAGGUGGAUAAGAAGUCAAGACCACAGGAGAAGAUGGAGAUCAAGAGUGUCACAAUUCAUGCGAACCCGCUGGCAGGGUGA